UUGGGGUAGAGUGAAGCUACCGAAAGAAGCAGGAGCGGGAAGGUUUACAGUUGCAUUCCAACGCUCAGCACUCCUGUCGUCUCACCUGCACGGCCGGUGAAGAGGUCCACUGUGAUAAAAAUGCAUCCAGAUAAACACUUACCUGAAUUGGUGGCCGAGAAAAACAGCUUGGACCCCUCUUUUGUACAUGCGGUGCGCCUGCUUGCUGAAGAGAUUGAAAAGUAUGACGGCGAUGAAUUGAGAAAAGAUGGUGACAUGAAGAAAUACCUAGACAUCAUCAGCAAUAAAAAUAUCAAGCUCUCUGAAAGAGUUCUCAUUCCAAUCCAACAGUAUCCAAAGUUUAAUUUUGUCGGGAAGCUGCUGGGGCCACGGGGAAAUUCCAUGAAACGAUUACAAGAAGAAACGGGAGUGAAGAUGUCCAUCCUCGGCAAGGGGUCCAUGAGGGAUAAAGGCAAGGAAGAAGAAUUAAGGAACAGCGGGGAGGCCAAAUACGCCCAUCUGAAUAAUGAUCUUCAUGUUUUAAUUGAAGUCUUUGCUCCACCUGGAGAGGCCUAUUCCCGCAUGAGUCACGCCUUGGAGGAGAUUAAAAAAUUCCUAGUUCCAGACUACAAUGACGAGAUCAGACAGGAGCAACUGAGAGAGCUCUCCCUGUUGAACGGCUCUGAUGAGUCGAGCAGAGGGAGGAGUGCGCAAGGGAGGAGUGUACGACCAGCAAGCACAAUAUCCACGAGGGGCCACAGAGGCACAGGAAGGAGUGUAGCAGCACCCCGGGGAGCAGCGGGAGCGACACACAGCAAACUUCCCACGACUGCUUUAACUAGGGAGGUACAAGCGCCUAGAGCCAGGGGGGCAGCAGGGAGUGCUGGAUACAGGCCCCCGCUGUUAGCAGCAACACAUGAAUCAUAUGACGACUAUGGCUACGACGAUGGGUAUGGUGGAGAAUAUGAUGACGAGAGCUACGAAGCCUAUGAUGACAACUACAGCAAUCAGUCGAAGAGCAUUUCAGAAUAUUAUGAAUAUGGACAUGGAACCUGUGAUGAAUCCUACAGCAACUAUGAGGAGGAGUGGACGACUACCCGUCCCAUUCUCAAAGCCCCAAUUUUACGGCUGACGAGAGGGGGCUACAGAAAGCAUCCCUAUGGUAGAUACUGAAGGUGCUCCAGAUCUGUGACCUCCUAUUUCAAACUGUUUAUAUAUUUUUUAAUUCCGCAUAAAAAGUUGUAACAUUUGCUUUUUUGUUUGUCUCCUUCAGAAACUGAAAUAAAAAAAAAACAAAAAGCACUUAAAUCCACAAACUUUAACAUUAUUGCAGUAUUAUGACUGCUUUAUUCAUAAAGGUAAAGAGAUUUUUUUUUGAAAAAUACAGAGGAAAUGAAAAGAGACAUUCAUCUACAGUCACCCAUGUAUAGGAAGGUUGUUCUUAAAAUUGGCUGUUUAAAUUCCCUUCAUUUCACCUCUACCCACCACCCACCCCAAAAAAUAGUGCUUUCGGAUUUUUAACAUUAAACUGCAUACUUUUUCAUGUUAUGGCAAAGAGUUUGACAAAUUGGUUUCCAUGUAUUGCCUUUCAUGCAGUGAUUAUCAAGGUUUCCUGGCGCGCCCCUGUAAUGCCAGAAAAAAAGAGAGUCAUGGUUUCUUGCCGUGACUUGACCGAGAGACAUGUAGCGUGUAUGUUGACCAAUCAUAGCUGUGUUGUCUUACUUGCAGUACACCUAACUGCACUGAUUGUUCCUCUGUUGCUUCGUUAGAUAUACAGUAUUUUGCGGUCCUGUGGGUCAUCACUGAAGUUGUCAGAUUUGGAGAAAGAAAACUAAAAAAAUACAUUUUCACAAAUGUACUAAUUAUUUGGCUUAGUAAAAGUAAAUCAAGAGCGGGUUUAUGGUUACUUUGUCUCUUGAAGAUCAAUGUUGGUAUGCAGAAGCUCCACUUCCUGUUUGAUUCCAACUUUGGCUUCAACUUGGUAUGCAAAAAUCAUUAUCACGGUAACAGAUCUAGAACCACGUAUUGCUCUGAACACAAAUGACCUCAUAAACUCCAUUGAAGGCAGCAGAUGGAAACCAGACCUUUUCCAGAUUUGAAGGCCUCUAUACAAAGUGACCUGGACGUUUCUUAUGAAAAGGUUUAAUGUUCAGAAAUCUAAAUCAGUCCUCACGUUGCCCCAUAACUGACUGCAAUAUGAUGACUUAAUGGUAAAAGUUCAUGGAGUUGAUACCACAGACUAAAGUUAGCCUAAGUUAUAUUGUGACUUUAAAUUAUAUAAGAUGUGAGAUCGUAAUCGUAAUGCAAAACUUCUUUUUGUUUGGGUUGAA